AUGCACCACUUCCAGACCCUCCUCGCAAUCCUGUCCCUCCUAAAUCUCACCACCUGCCAAAGCCUCGUGGAGCUCAUCCAAUCUCAGCCCGACCUCACCACCCUCCUCACCGCCCUCAACGCCGUCCCGCGCUUCACAAACCACCUUGCCUCUCUCCACGACAUCACAAUCCUCGCCCCCACAAACGCCGCCUUCGCAAAAGUCCCACCUCGCUCUCCCUUGGGAGAAGCACUCGCCCAAGCUGCGCUCGCCACGCCAGAGAAUCCUGCGCCGGGGCCGGUGCGAGCGGGGAUUCGAGCGCUGCUUGCUUAUCAUGUUUUGAAGGGGGUGUAUCCUGCUUCUAGUGCGGGAGAGACGCCGGUGUUCGUGCCGACGGUGUUGGAUAGUUCGUUUGAGGUUGGAGGGGUGAGCGUGGCGAAUGUGAGCGGUGGGCAGAAUGUGGGUGUCAAGGCGGACGGUGGGGGAGUCGAGAUCAUCUCGGGUGGACUGGCGAUGUCGAGGGUUGUGCAGGCGGAUAUCCAGGCGCCGAAUAAUGUCAUCGUUCAUAGGAUCGAUACGCUGCUUCAGCUUCCUGUUAAUGUCACGACGACCGGCUCCGCUACGGGGAACACGGCCAUGGUCGACGCUUUGAAGCAGACUGGUCUGGAUGAUACGUUAGACGCGGUUGCCGACUUGACGGUCUUCAUUCCGAACAACCAGGCCUUCGAGGCAGCGCAGUCGGUCAUCCAAGGGGCUGACGUGCAGACUCUUGUUAAAGUCCUGUCGUACCAUGCUGUGGUUGGAGAUGUGCUGUUCUCGAGUGAACUGUGUAGGGGGAAGUUGAAGACUGUCGAAGGGAGCAAAGUGAAAGUUACCGUGUCUGGUGACGGUGUCUUUGUGGAUAGCGCAAGGGUGGUGGUCCCGGAUAUCAUUCUGUCGGAUAGAGUAGGUCAUUUUAUCGAUGGGAUUUUGAUGCCUAGUGAUUGA